AAUGAUUUGAAAAGUUGUUUGCCAACAACUUGGCAAAAAAGUAUAUUCCCGGAUGAUGUGGGACAUAUUUUCAAUAUACAUUUCUUAUCAAAUAUAACUAACCGACUAGACAGAAGCAGAGGCCCAACUACGAUAGUUUACAUAACUAUACAGUUACCUUUUUAGAUGUCUAAACGAAAGGCCGCUAACAUUUCAAGUGUCGGAAAAAAGGAAGAAAAAGAGAAAAGAUCACGAGAUAUUUUAACCGUCGACCUUACGCAGGACGAUGAUAGUGACAAUAGUCAACUUAACGAGUGCGAAAUCUUUAUUCCAACAACUAAAAAAGAAAAAAGCGAAGAAAAUGAUGCAGAAUUUUCCAGUGAUCCCGAAUCAGUCGAUGGCGGCGACGAAAAUUAUCUUCAUUCAAAUGAAGACGAUUUGCCACACCUUUUUCAUUACAGGGGGGAUAAGAAGCUCCCAAUUUAUAGUUAUACGAGUCCUGACCUAAAAGAAAUCUUCCAGAUCUGUUUAAAGAAGGACACUCCUGCCGACCGAAUGACAGGAACCAAACCUACAAGCAUUUCUACCACAUCAACCUUUGUUGUCGACCAAAAACUUGCAAAUAUAAAGCAUCCAUUUGAUGUAGAAGCAGAUGAAACACUUGGUGCUUACGAGAAAAAAGAGCAAACUAGAUUUUAUGAAGUAACAGUUAAUGACGAAGGCGAACUUUUUAUCAGUUCAGAAGUUUCGGUGAACAAAAACAACAAAGGCAGCGUCGUUGGAGGCACCUGCAACGUACGCGAUGGUCGAAAUUGGGUUCGUCAGAUUGUGGGCAAAGAGCACUUGUACGCUGUAGUUAGAAAAAGAGCAGUGCACAAGAAAACGAUGGAAAUCCAUCAGACAGCAUUUACAAGAUAUGUUAUCUUCAUUAUGCCAAUAGCAGAAUAUGAUGAAGUGUAUAGUCGUCUAAAGAGUUUAAAGUCGUAUACUUUGAAAUGUCCAACGAUUAUCAUGCAUUACUAUUUUAACACCGGGAAUGCCGUCCCCAUAGUAGCAACAACGCAUGGUAAUGCAACUCGUCCGCACGCCAGAUCCUUUAUUUCUAGAGAGCACUCUCUCAAGCAAGAAGUAAAAGAAACACUUCGUACAGAUAGACGUGCGCCAAGGAUUAUUCAAGACGAAAAAUCGAAAGAUAUCGAUUUGCUUGACCCUCCACUACAGUCAACCACUAUUCGGGACAGCAAGCAACUGUAUAACUACCGGCAUUUGUAUGGAGAAGCGAAAACCAAAACCAGUAUCGAUCAAAUUCAGGAAGUUAUUCUAAAACUCCUUGAACAGGGAUCCUCUGCUGAUGAAAUUGACCCUGAUGUGCUCGACAAGAAUCAAGCAUUCGUCAGAGAAUUCCUCCUCAGACACGAGAAACAAGGUUGUUUUGUGGCGUAUUUACAGCAGUCCUUGACAGAUAUAGAACGUUUCUCUACCACAUCAUCAAAUCCCAGGUUCUCUACACCUUUGGCUUGUGACACAACAUUUAAUAUUGCAAACCAUCUUGUCACACAAACGACAUACAAGCAGAUGUCGGUAAUUGGCAGGGAGAGUUUAAAGAAUCCUUGGUUUCCGGGUCCAUUCCUUGUCCAUCGAAAUCAAUCUACGCAGGAGUUCUCGUAUUUUUGGCAAGCAGUAAAAAGAGGGAAUCCAGCCCUUUCCAAUAUUCUUGUUCUUGGUACCGAUGAAGACGAAGCACUUUCGGGCGGGAUUUUGCAGGAAACAAGUGGAACGACCAUCCAUCUCUUGGGCAAAGAACAUGUUCAAGCCAAUGUAGAUAAGAAAUUGCAGUCCCUAAAUUUCCAGUCAAUACAAAAAAACAUUAUUUUGAGUGAUAUUUUCGGGGGUACCACGUGCAAAGAAGAAGAUUCUCUCUACGGAAGCGAAAGUACUCAAAUUUAUAACCGUAAGCUGUUGCAACUGAAGUCAAAAUGGCUACAAAUGGAAAAAGAAUACACGAGUAAUCGUCCAGCAAAUAAGUUCGUAGAUUAUUUUGAAGCUCAUAAGGAGAAGCAAAUAAGGGACAAAAUGAUUAAAGAAGUUCGAAAGCAAGCUUUUAUUGAUGGGGUGUAUGGUCAAAAUCCAAUUGAGUGGCAAAAUUUCUUAUCCAAAGAUGAAAUAUCCGCCAGCGUUCGUUCAGAAGGUCGUAGUCAUCGCGACGCCACACUUUCAGAAUGCCUAGACGCCUUGAAAACACGCAGUCUCCGUUUGUAUAGCAAUGUCGUCAAAGCUUUAUACGAUGAUGGUCCGUACGUCAUAUCACCAGCCUAUCACAUGUUUCGUAAAACAUAUGCAGAAUGGAAAAGCAUGUCAUCAAACGAAAGAAAGUCGCACAUCUCAGCAUUCAUGGCUUAUAUUCCGACCGACGAUGUACUUCUGCGCUCCGGAGUUCGAAGUUCGACUUUGGCCAAUCGCGAUGACGAAGAAAUCGAAGAACCUAUUCCAAAUAUUUCCUUGUUGGAUGACGAAACACCCGAUCAAGUCCCACCCAAGUCAACGGAUAGAGAAGAUGGUCUUGUGGUGUCACAACAAAUCUCGAAUUCUCCACCACCAAAUCACUCUGAUCCGUUCAAGCCGGUGGUUAAAAGCCAAAUCGUUCUCGACAAACCACGACGCAAGCUCUCAGUAUCGCUUGAAGAAGCUACGGUUCUAAAAGAUGUUUUGCCUCAUCAUCUCUUGGAAGAUGCUUUUCAUAAAGCCGAAGAACUAAUAAACGAACCCAAUUCCAUCACUAAAGCGGCUUCAGAUGAUGAUCGUUUACGCACUGUUAAAAGUCGUUAUGGAUCUGUACCGUUGAUUGUUAAGCCCUUUCCGAAGAACAGAGAUCUUUUUCAGUGUACGUGCAAAGUCUAUAAAGCAUUGGGAAUGUGCUGUGACGCCAUUGCCGUCGCUGAUGAAGUCGGAGUUCUCUGCAACUACCUUUGUGAACUAAGAAAAAAACUUGGAAAACGAAAGAAAAGUGGAAAAGGAGCCGUCAACAUUACAGCAGCUGUUCAAUCUGAUCUUAGCUCUUCAUUAAAAGGACACAAACAGAACGAGGCUCAAAAACUUUCUCGCAGAAAAUCCAAAUCCUUUCAAGAGUCGAUUGCAGAAGAUCUAAUUCAGAGAAAACCAACUACAAGUGAUGGUUCCUUUGUUAUUGGAUCGGUAAACCAUUCCAAUAUCCAACAGUCAUCAUCCAUGAGUACGCCGGCCGGCUUGACUCGUUAUCCUCCAUUCUUGUCGACGGCAUCCGUAUUCCAGUCAACAAACCAAUACGUCGUCACUGGUGCACAAUCCUCUCUUGCUCCACUGAUGACUCCGCGUGAGCCAACCCUUACUUCGGCCGUACAGUACAGUAAUAGAGAUAGUGUUACAUUCCAACAGCCUUCUACGUCAUCUGCCACCUGCGGUGAGAUUGAAAGCCAGCCUUGCAUCGGCAUUCCGCAACCACAAUGUCGCCAAUUAAGUGGUGUUGAUAUACAGCAGCAAAGCAAUCCAAGCAAUCGUUUUGCUUCCUGGAAUUCCAGCAUGUCCCCAUAUCGGUACGAAUUGGUUCUUUUACCAAAUUCUGUCACAAAAUGCUAUGGCUGUUAUCAAGAGUUCACGCAAGGAUAUCGAAUGCCACCUAAUAACCUGGUUGUUAGGCAUAUGGACAGAAGAAUAACUGGACGUGACCAAAGCGGACAAUUGUUAUUUAGUCCAGACUUUAAAGCCACAUAUUAUCAUCCUGUUAAAGAGCAUAUUAUGCUAAAGAAUCCUGUAUUUGAUGGUCGUGUCGUCGUCGCUCCCGUUCUGUCUCAGAUGCUUUCACCAGACCAUCUUCAUGUUGUUAACAAUGUACUAAAUCUUGAUUUUAAUUAUCUUCAGGAUAGCUAA